AAGUUGUAAACGACACCUCCCGUGCAGUUGUUGGUAACCAAAACGACCCCACCCCUCUUCUCUCUCACACGCAUUACAUAUCAGGGUCUCAACCCUCGCCCUUGCGCUCCUCUUCCCUGACCAUUUCUUCUUCUUAUCGCCUCCUCCGUUGACCUGUCACUUCCCAUCCUCCGAACCUAAAAUCUCCGAUUCAAACUUUCAGAUCCGCCAACUUCAACCUUCGUUCACGCAACUUCAAGGUUUGAUUCUUCACUCGGCAGUUUCGAGCCACUUCUUUUUUCUCUCUCUCUCUCUAGGGUUCAUACUUCAACCCUACUUCACUUCCGAACUCUUUGUAGCUACUUCUCGUGGCCUAACGCUUCUUUCCCGUGUCAGAUCUAGUUGAAUCUCCACCGGCAACUCACGAUUUGCAGCUCUUUCCGCUGAAAUCCCCUUCAGAUCUGGGUUUGUCUUCCAUUUUCAUCGAUCUGUUAGGGUUUUCUAGUUGGACAUGUCGAUUUUACCGAAAGGCGAUUCGGUUCAAAUCAGGGAGGUAUGGAACGAUAACCUAGAGGAGGAGUUCGCUUUGAUCCGUGAAAUCGUUGACGAAUACAACUAUGUCGCCAUGGAUACAGAGUUCCCCGGUGUUGUUCUUCGUCCCGUUGGGAACUUCAAGAAUAUCAAUGACUACAACUACCAGACCUUGAAGGACAACGUUGACAUGUUGAAGCUGAUCCAAUUAGGUCUCACUUUCUCUGACGAGCACGGCAACCUCCCCACCUGUGGCACUGAGAGCUCCUGCAUCUGGCAAUUCAACUUCCGUGAGUUCAACAUCAGCGAGGACAUCUUCGCCAGCGAUUCGAUCGAGCUUCUGCGCCAAUGUGGCAUUGAUUUCAAGAAGAACAACGAAAAAGGUAUUGAUGUGAACCGGUUCGGGGAGCUUCUCAUGUCAUCGGGGAUCGUGUUGAACGAUAGUGUGAGUUGGGUAACCUUCCAUAGCGGUUACGACUUCGGUUACCUCCUCAAGCUGUUGACGUGCCGAAGCUUGCCGGAUACGCAGGCAGGGUUCUUUGAACUGAUCAAGAUGUAUUUCCCGAUGUUGUAUGAUAUCAAGCAUUUGAUGAAGUUCUGCAACAGUCUCCAUGGUGGGUUGAACAAGCUCGCGGAGUUGUUGGAUGUUGAGAGAGUUGGUGUGUGCCAUCAAGCUGGAUCGGAUAGCUUACUCACUUCUUGUACAUUUAGAAAGUUGAGGGAUACAUUUUUCAGUGGCUCCACAGAGAAAUAUGCUGGUGUCUUGUAUGGUUUAGGUGUUGAGAAUGGACAAACUAAUUGAAAGAAAGAAAUUAUAAUUGGUUGUAGAGUAAGAAGAGUAAGUCUAAGUGUGAGUCCUUUUUUUUUUCUCUCUUUUUCUUUCUUACUUGUGUACACUUUCUGCCAAAAAGAAUGGUUGUUGUUUACCUGUAACAUUUCUCAUCCUUGUUUGGAACUGUAACUGAAAAAAACCUUAGCUGGUUUUGUUAGCCCUUUGAGUUCUUUGUAAAUCACUUAAGUUUAGUCCUUCAAUAAUAAUUUAUGAUGAUGAUUCCUUUUA